AAAUUGAGGGUUUUUUUGGCAUCUUAUCAAGCCCAACAGUGCUUUUGUUAAGGUUUAACUAACUCUGUCUAUUGUGAAAGAGCUGGUGUGAAACAAACGAAGACUUGGGUGCAACUAUUUUGGGACUGAAAGACAGCUGUUAUUUCAGAAUCAGAAGUAACAGCAGCCAGUGAAGAGAAUCCUGCAAAACUAUUUGUCAGCCUCUACCAAAACAGUGAUCGAAACUAUGCUCCAGCUCAAGCCUUUAUCUCUUGCUCUUAUCCUUUUACUUGCACACAUGAUGACUGAAACUGAAGCCAAAGCCAUCUCAAAGAGGCAUGUUCGUCGUGAUUGGCUGAUUAUUCCUGAUACAAUUGCAUUCAAUAUAUAUUCAUUAGUAAAUGAAGUAUCACCUGAAGCAGCUGAGUAUUUGUUUAAGGCUGUCCAAACACCAGUUAUUCUUGAAAUAAGGAACUUCCUGAUAAAAGAAACAACUAAGCUCAGUGUAAUGGCUGAACAACUGGGAGACAAAUUAUCUGGAUUAUGGAAAGACUUGAAAGAAUCAACACAAUAACACCUAUAUGAAUCUUGUGAAGUAUAUCCUUGUGUUUUUGUGCAUACAACAUAUCUUUAAAAAAUCAGUACUACAAAGGGAAAUCUUUGUGAAGGACGCUGGUAAAUAAAUAAGCUCCAUUCAGCAAGAAUAAAUUAUAAAGCUGCUUUCUUUAUAACAAAUGUUACUUGCUUCUGCUAUUGGAAAUAAUCACAAUACAACACU